AUGGGCGAGAAAAAGAGAAAGGCAGCCACCCAACAGACCGAGAGGCCGGCCAAAAAGCCGCAGACGGGCAAAGUCAAGGUCACUCACUUGACCGGCCCUGAUGUUGCGAAGCCAGUCAUCGCAUUCUCGCCUGGGUUUAAACUCCUGCCAGAGGUCGAGUUCAACGGGUUCUCGAAGAAAGAGCAAUCAGGAACAAGCAGCCUUCUCCUCCAGUCCUCCGACCACCCGACGAUCGACUAUGUAGUGACGGAAAGCAAGACAACCGACGCGGGCGAGAAACACAUGAAACACUACAUCGCCGUGUUUGAUCCCACGUCGAAAAAACUCAAGGUCAUGGAAGCCAAGAAAAUGACGGUCCGCAGCAGCGUGCGACAAGUCGAACAAAUGAGAGAAAGCGACGAAGAGGACGAGUCGACACAAGCCACGGCCGCCACCCCAUUGCUUUCCACCCGUGCGGCGCUGACGGAGGCGUUUGGAACCAAGAAGUCCAAGAAAGCUGUGGCUGCCGUGGCCGAGAACCGGCUGCUGGCUCGUGGAGGCGAGAACGAGGAAGACAACCCGCUGUCGAACGCCAUCUUGUCGUCGAUCAAGGAUGAAGAAGACGACGGGUUCGAGCGCAGCGACUUGGCCGCCGCUGCCGCCAUGUUACGGGCCAACAAGCCUCUCCCGCAAGCGAACCUGGACACCACGGACAUUGAGGAAGUGUAUGACUUGGCCGCCCUCGUCUUCCCAGGCCCGGCACGCACCACACUGUCGCAGAUGCCCCUCGCAUACUGGCGAGAGCGGAUUCAGGCGAAGAAGGACGUGAAAUCGCACUACCGCUUCAUUGCCCACCGCGUCGAACGCCUCACGAGACUGCAUGUCGAGAACCCCGACGACCAGACUGCCCUGCUGAAGCUCCAGCUCCUGCGCUACAUCCAGCUCCUCCUGGAGAUCCACGAAUAUGUCACGCGGCUGCCGGGCCGGAAACCCAUCCCGCAGCCCGAACGGUGGCCAGCCGGCACGACCUCGGACGCCAGCCUCUCGACUGCCUUCCUAUCCAAACUCGUCGCUCGCUUCUUUCCCACUUCCAUUCCGACCCAGUCCGCAAAGACAUUGCUGGCCACCACCAUCCUGGCUCUAACCCUACACAUCCCCCCGCCCAAGUGGCAGCCUGGCGCGACCAUGACCGCCCUCAUCACCGAGCCCUCGGACAUCCAUCUGGAUCUGGCGCUGCCAUCCGCGGCGGUGUACAAGUACUACCGCGAACUCGGCUGCAAGGUCGACAGCUUGGGUGAUGCGGAAUUGGCGCGCUGGGGCUGGGAGAAGAUCGGCAAGGCGAGGAAAGUCGUCGACGAGGACGGCAAGGAAACCAGUGUGCCCAAGCCCAAGUUUGCCAAACUCAAAUUCCCCAUCGAGUUCCCCAAGAUCAGUGCCGGGAGACCCAGUACCAACAGGAGAUAA